AUGCAAAACUCGCUGGAAAUUGGUGGCACACCAACGAUUCAUAAAGAUCGGAGUCCACCUUCAUGGAAAGUAUUUUUGAUACUAUUUAUCGUACUUGUUGGUUUUCUUUUCAUUUCGACCUUUGCAUUGGCCAUCUGGUUCGGAAUGGAACAAAACAAAUCAAACGAAAAUGAUAUAUGUUUAACUCGAAUCUGUGUUGAAGCAGCUAACAAUUUACUGAAGAGUAUCGAUGAGACGAUUGAUCCAUGUGAAAACUUUUAUCAGUUUACCUGUGGAGCAUGGCUCAAAAAUAGAAAAAUACCUGUGGAAGAUACGAGUGAGACUACAUUCAAAGUAGUAAAAACUCAAUUAACUAACAAUAUAAUUGAUGUUCUCUCAUCAUCAACAUCGACAAGUAUCGAUGAGUCUCACGCUAUUAUUAACGCUCGUCGUUUGUAUGCUUCCUGCAUUGAUGAAGAAGCCAUCGAGAUGGAGAAUGUCAAUGUGCUUCUCUCAUUCAUAAACACACAAUUGGGCGGAUGGGCCAUGUUGCAAGGCUCGAAAUGGAACAGUUCAACAUUUAACAUUUUGAAUCAAUUACUCAAGCUGUUCGAAUAUAAACAUUCAGUCAUCUUCAAUGUCGACACAGUUGUUGAUGAUCAAAAUUCGUCUGCUAAUGUAAUAAGAAUCGGACAAAGUGAUCUUAUUUUGGGCAUACGUAGCAUUUAUGAGCGCGAGAGUCCAAUCACUAUUGCUUACCGUCAAUGCAUACAUGAUAUAGUCCUAGCAUUGACUAAUGAUACAUCGAUGAUCAAUGACGACAUCAAUGCUAUAUUUGAAUUAGAACAGCGCAUUGCCAAAUAUCACUGGACGAUUGCUGAGCAGAUGGCUCAUGUUGAUGAAAGCAUUCGUACGACACUCGGCAAUCUUUCGCAUACAUUGGAUGUCAAUUUUGACUUUGUGAGUUUUCUUCGGCAUGCCUAUGGCUUGGCCAAUGUAAGCCUCAUGGAUGAGGAUAUUGUGUUCAUUAAUGAAAUAGAUUUUAUACGCAAUGUUUCUUCAAUCAUUAAUCAUUAUUCACCACGUACUUUGCAAAAUUAUUUAGUGUGGCGUUUCGUAGUCAAUCGAAUUGAUCAGAUGCCAAAACGAUUUCAAAUGAUCAAACAGAAUUUUCUUAAAGUGUUUACAGGAAGCAAAUCUCAGCAAUCACGUACAAUUGAAUGUGCCACCUUUGUCAAUACUAAUAUGGAUUUUGCUGUUGCUAAACUCUACAUUCAAAAGUAUUUUGACGAGAAUGCUCGUAAUCAGUCCAUGGAAAUGAUUGUGAAUAUUCGCAAUACAUUUAUUGAUAUAGUUCAACAAUCAUCUUGGAUGGAUCCGAUUUCGAAAUCUAAAGCAAUAGAAAAAGUCCAUGCCAUGAUCGAAGAGAUCGGCUAUCCCGAUUAUUUGGGCAAUGACAAUUUAACCAGGUUGGAGACAGAUUAUGCUGAGUAUAAUUUUAAUUCGUCUUUGAUGAGCAAUGAUUUGAUUAUACUUCGACUAAACAUGAAGAAAAAUGUUCAAAUGCUUCGCGAACCAGUCGAUCCUAGGAAAUGGGCUGUUGCACCGACUAUUAUCGAUGCUACCUAUACGCCAGAAUAUAAUCGAAUCACUUUUGCGGCCGGUGUUCUUCAAAUGCCAGCCUAUCAUAAAGAUGCACCAAAAUAUCUUAAUUAUGGCGGCAUCGGAACGAUUAUUGGCCAUGAAGUUACACAUGGUUUUGAUGAUUUCGGACGAAAAUUUGACAAAGAUGGAAAUCGAAUUCCUUGGUGGACUGACGAGACGAUCAAAAAAUUCAAUGAACGAAAGCAAUGUAUCAUCGAUCAAUACGAUCAAUACACAGUGACUUUGGCUGGAACAAAAUUGAAGAUGAACGGUUCUCAAACACAAGGAGAAAAUAUCGCAGAUAUUGGCGGAUUGAAAGAGGCUUUUUUCGCCUAUCAAAAUUGGGUUCGACAAAUGGGAACUGAGGAGAACAAAUUACCUGGUUUACAAAAAUAUACACCUGAGCAAUUGUUCUUUAUCAAUUUUGGCUACAUGUGGUGUUCGAAAGUGACAGAUGAAUUGACUCUUUCAUAUAUUUUACAAGAUGUACAUUCAUUAUCACAGUUCAGAGUGCUUGGUCCAACGUCGAAUUUUGAUGAAUUCGAUCGAGUCUUCGGCUGUAAACCUGGUCAAGGCAACAGUCGAGUGAACAAAUGCAGUGUUUGGUAA